AUGACUCCAAAUGUCCUCUUGCGGCACCCUUUUUCAUUCUCUAUCGUCGUUGCAUUUAUUUUGCUACUCGCAGACGCCUUGGUGAUCUACCCUAGAUUUAGAAGCCCACUUCGCAACAUCCCGCAGACCACGGGCCGAGAAAAUGGUCGUAUCAUUUUUGAAUCGCCACGCGGGAAAUCUGCUCUGCGUUGGAUACGAGAGCAACCGGAUGCUGAGCUCAUCCGGAUUAAGAAUGCUUUCGGCCUUCCCACCAUCCUCUGUUCGGGUCCUGAUGCUCUCCGCGAUAUUCUCAAUACCCAUGUCUAUGACUUUGAGAAGUCGUGGGGUGUCCGCGCAUUUCUCGCGCGAGCUAUUGGCUGGGGUCUCAUUCUCAGCGAAGGUGCUGAGCACACGAGGCAGAAGAAAGUCCUAACUCCCGCUUUCCACAUUCGCAGGAUCAGGGAGCUGUACAGCCUCAUGUGGGAGAAGACUCAAAUUCUUCAGAGUGGUCUCGAGGCGGAUAUCAAGGAUCAUCCCAUUGGCAGUGGUGGAUUUGGCCUCGUAGAGCUAAGUGAAUGGUCGAGUCGUUUGACUUUGGAUAUCAUCGGCCCAGCUGCAAUGGGCCGGGACUUUCAAUCCCUUACCACGGAGGAAAAUCCCAUUGCCGACGCAUUCCUGGAAAUGCUCAGACCAGACCGCAGCCGUCUGGCUUUUCUGGGUCUACAUUUCAUAAUUCCCGAGUCUAUCGUUCGUCGGUUGCCGCUCAAGACUAACGAAACACUGAACCGCAUCGGUACAUUCCUCCGGCACACGUGCUACGACAUUAUCCAAGAGAAGAAUCGCGAACUCAUGGAGAAAGGAACGGGGUUGGCCGAGUACGACAUCCUCUCUCGAAUCGUGCAGACGGGAGAGUUCACCGAUGCGGAGAUCGUAGAUCAGAUGCUUACCUUCCUUGCCGCCGGUCACGAGACAACUGCCAGCGCCUUGACUUGGGCAUGCUACCUCUGCGCCAAAUACCCAGAAGUUCAACAGAAGCUCCGCGCUGAAAUACACGAGAAUAUCCCAUCGUCCACCACGACUAUCACCUGGGAUAUUUUGGAGAGCAUGUCCUACCUCAACGGCGUCUGCGAAGAAACGCUGCGCCUGUACCCAACCGUGCCCGCCACAAUUCGAGAAGCCGUGCGUACCACCCAAGUAGCCGGGUACACGAUUCCUAAGGGCACCGAUUUCAUUCUAGUUCCCUACGCCAUCAACCGACACCCUCGGUUCUGGGGCGAUAACGCUGACAUGAUCGUUCCGGAGCGGUGGAUCGACACGCUCCCAGACGGCACCACACGGCCUAACAAGACGGGCGGGACGACGACGAAUUUCUCGGAGUUGACGUUUUUGCAUGGGCCGCGAGCUUGCAUUGGUAGGGAUUUUGCGAAAGCGGAGCUGAGGUGUGCGGUUGCGGGAGUGAUUGGCAAAUUUGAGAUUGAGUUGUGUACUCUGGAGGAGCCGAAGGUGACGGGGGUGAUUACCAUGAAGGCGGAAGGGGGAAUGUAUCUCAGAUUGAGGCCGAUAGAAUCGUGGUAA